GGCUCUCGGCCGUUUCAUGCAGACAGUCUGGCACCAUUACCCCUUGCUCCUGUCAAGUGUGCACCGUGUCCUUUGGGUACUUUCGGUCCUUUAACGGAGUAAAGCGGAGGCCGUGACCAUGCUGCGGGCCUGUAUGAGAGGGGCGAAGACCACCGCCCGGUGUAACUAUGGACGAACACACCUUAACAAUCUACAGCAACGGCACUACACCACAGGAGAGACCAGCACUGGAGUUAAAGUGGUGACUGCCGGUCUGAUCUCAGUGGUGGGAGGCAUUGGAGGGACGGUGCUCUACGCCAAAUGGGACCCGAAGUUCAGAUCCACAAUGGAGAAAAAUGUGCCAUAUGCAGACUGGCUGUUAGGUGCAGCUUUGGGACCAGCUGUAGAUCCUUUACCAAUAAAGAAAAAGAUGGAAAUGAGCCAGCCACAUAGCAUGAUGGAAAAGACCCUCAAAGAACCAAAACCAGCAACAAAGGUGAAAGAUGUGAUGGAGAAGCCAAGUGCGCCCCUGGGACCUGCAGCCCAAACUAUAGAAGAAGCUUCUGCUGAGGCCACUCACAUCAUUUCAGCCAUGAGUGAAGUCCAGUCAGUCCCAGCUCCACAUGACACAGAAGCAGCUGUAUUGAAGGAAAUGCCUGAGGAAUGCCAUGAGUGUGAAGCUGCUUUACCUGCACUAGAUACAGCACUGGCCCCAGAAACAUUAAAAGAGCGCCCAGUGGAAGAGGUCGCAGCAAGACUUGCUCAGCAGGACCAAGCAGAAAAGGACAUCUUAGACUCUCUUUCAGUAAACUUGGAAGAGUCCUUGGCAAACUCGGCCAAAGCCACACUCACAGCUAUUGGAGCCCAGGAGGUGGCACUGCAGGCCAUUUCAAAGCAUACCCAGAAGCUGAAGGAGGCUAUGGAAGCUGAGGUUCCAGCUGAGGAGAAGUCUGCCCAGUGGAAGGAUCUAGAAGCUGCUCUGAUAAACAGAGGCAGUGCUGUGGAUGAUGCACAUGCAGCUCUGCUAAAUGCUCGGGAGGCUCUGGAGGGCCUCAAGGGUGUUAUCGACAAAUCUAAGAGCUUAACAGUCUCAGCAGCACGCCCCCUAGUGUUGGCAGCUGAGGAAAACCUGCACAAAAUGGUAGUGGACCUGGAUAAAGUGGUGACUAAGGUGCAGGCAGCGGAGUCUGAGUCCAAGGUUGUGUCUCAGUACAGUGAACUGGUGAAUGAAGCCAAGUUGCAGUUCCAGAGGGAAGUUAGCAGUCUCACUCCAGAGAUUCAGGCCAACUGGAAGAGCCUCACUGGCAAACUGACCACGGAUGACCUGAAUGCACUGAUUGCACAUGCCCACCGUCGGAUUGACCAGCUGAACCGAGAGCUAGCUGAGCAGAGGGUCCGAGAGCAGAUCCACAUGGAGUCGGCUUUGGAGCAGCAGAGGCUGGAGCACCAGAAGGCCUUAGAGUCCGCUGUGGACAGCGCUCUACAGCACACAAGGGAGGACGCACGACUCGAGCAGGAGAGGAAGCUGGCAGAGCUGCGAGAGGUGAUGGAGGCAGAGAUGAGGACACAGCUGAGGAGACAAGCUGCAGCUCACACAGACCAUGUCCAGGACGUGCUCAAAGUCCAGGAACAGGAGCUGAGAUCAGAGGCCCAGCAGGUUUUAAGCAGCAAGCUACUGGAGCAGGAGACCUUGUACCGGCAGCUGACCCAGGAGCAGUUGGAUAACUUCACCCUGGACAUGAAUUCGGCGUACGCGCGGCUCAAGGGCAUGGAGGAGGCCAUUGACAGUCAUGUGGUAGCAGAGGAGGAGGCUCGGAGGGCUCACAGGCUCUGGCUGGCUGUUGAGGCUCUGUCUCAUGCCAUGGGCACGGCUCAAGGUGAAUCGACAACCUCUCCCCUGGAGAGCUCUGCACAGGUGGUGCGUGAGAGCUGCGUAAACAAUGAGUUUGCCCUGGCCCUGGCAGCAGCUUUGCCUAAAGAAUCCUUGGAGAGGGGCAUCUACAGUGAGGCAUCUCUGCGCAGCCGCUUCCACUCCCUGCGCCCGGUGGCUCGUAGGGUGGCCCUGAUUGACGAAUCUCAUAACUCCCUGUACCAGUAUUUCCUCUCAUACCUGCAGGCAGCGUUGCUCUUUGAGGCUCCUCACCAAGCUCCGCCCGCUCAGAUCAAGGCCCAGGACUUGGACCCCUUUAAACUGUUGGCAUAUGCUAGCUACUGCCUGGAACACGGUGACCUGGAGUUGGCUGCCAAGCUGGUGAACCAGCUGAGAGGAGAGGCCCGACGUGUGGUGGACGACUGGCUCACAGAGGUGCGACUCACCCUGGAGACUAGACAGGUGGUCAGUCUGCUGUCGGCCUACGCCAAUGCUGUGGGCUUAGGAACCAGCCAGGCAUCCUAGACUGCACUUCACAUUUUUCUUGCAACACAGGACAGCUAAUGCACGUAAUGUUAAUGCAAUUAUUUAAGAAUGACAAAAUCCAAGUUAUGGAUCCUAUCUGGUAGAGAUAGAUUGCAAAUUGUUAUUGGGAGUUGCCCCUGUAAACCUGCACAUCAAAAUAAAGUUUAAAAAAAGUAAGAACACUCAACUGUAGAUAACACUUGGUCCAGGACCUGGAAUAACAAUAACAAUAAGGUCUAACCCAAAAGAAUUGUACACAUUCAGUGAGAGCUUUUUAUGCCAGCUUUCCCACACCCACAUCAUACAACAUAUGACGUGGCACCACUGUAGUUUUUUUGUUUGGUUUAACGUAUACUGCACCACCAAUAAGUAUAGGUGGAGCACUAUAGUAAGAACUACAAAAUACAAAAAACAAUGCAGUCUUAUCAUUUAAAGGCAUUCAUUAUAUGCAUGAGCUUAGAGUUGCCAGAUGAUUUCAAGGUUAUAUUUACAAUAUACUAGUCCAUCUCAAAACAUUUGAAUGUUCUAUAUGUCAUAUAUUUCUCAUUUCAGAAAGUCAUACCCAUAUUUUAUAUAGAUUCAUGUCACAGAGUGAAGCUUUCAAGCCUUUGUUUCUUGACAUUUUGAUAAUUAAGGCUUAUAAGAAUUGAAAAAUUCUGUGUCUCAGAAAAUGUAAAUAGUGUGAAAAACCUGAAUGUUGGAAAGUCAUGGUGUCACACCCUAAUCAGCUAAUUAGCCUACAAUUCUGUCUGGGUCAGAGGGUUACACAAUCACAGGAACGCUGCUGACUGGACAGAUGUCACUGACACCCUCCACAAGGAGGCCACAAAAGGUCAUUGCUAAAGGAACUGGUUGUUCAGAGUGCUGUAUCCAAGCAGAUUCAUACAAACUUGAGUGGAAGAAAAAAAUAUGUUAAGAAAAGGUGCAAAAGUAAGUAUAUUUUUUACUUAUAUAGCGCUUUUCACAGACAUUUGUCACAAAGACACUUUACAGAACAUUUUUCAUGAUGUGAUAAGCUGCUUUUGUAGCCACAGCUGCCCUGGGGCAGACUGACUGAAGCGCAGCUGCCAUGUCGAUCAGGGCCGUCAGUCCCUCCGACCACCACCAUCACUCACGCAUACACCACUUUCAUACUAGGCAAUGUGGGUGAAGUGCCUUGCUGAAGGACCUAACAGCAGUUUUUGUGACUGGCGCCCCCCUGUUGCACCUGAUUUUCCCAGUGUCUCCCAUCCAAGUACUAACCAGGCCCGGCCCUGCUGAGCUUCUGAGAUCUGACAGGAUCAGGCUUUGACAGGCCGGUAUGGCCACUAGGAAAUGAUUGCAGCCUUGAGAAUGCAAAUCCGUUUAUAUAUAUUCUUUAAAGUUAUUUUCUGCAUUUUUUUCUUUUUGAUAUUCUGUCUCUCAAUGUUAAAAUAAACCUACCAUUAAAAUUUUAGACUGUUCAUUUCUUUGUUAGUGGGCAAACCUACGAAAUCAGCAAAGAAUCAAAUUCUUAUUUCCUCCACUGUAUGAGUCUGUAUAAUAUAUGGGUUUGAAUUCAUGAAAUGAGAGGCAUGACAUAAAAAUUUUUGUGAUGGACUAAUACAUAACAUUUUAUUGAGAACCAUAUAAUUUGUGAAAUUGGGUCCAAUCACACAGUAAACUAUAAACAAUAUAAAAUCGAUUUGGGACAUCUCGGUCUCAAUAUGGCUGCAUCUGUUUUUCAGAGUGCAGAAUUGUAAUGAUGUUUUUGGGUUUUCUUAUGUGGUCAUGGCAUUAAAGGACAUCUAUUAUGAUCAACAAAUCAACUUUUCAGAACUUUUAACAAUGUUAUUUGUUUCCACUUCUCAUUUACCCUCUGAAGGUGUAUUAGCAUGUUCAGAGUAAUUUUUAUUCUCCUGCUCCGAAAUUGCCAUUGCUCUGAUCUACCCCCAUAUUCAGUCACCGGUACACACUGACUGCCGUGUUCCUAAUUUGUUGUCAAGUUGUAUUGUCUUAAUCAGUGAAACAUGUAGCAUUUAGGCCUGUUCUGUAGGCAAUUUGGAGUAAAUAAAAAAAGAUCCAUUGCUCUCUA